UUUGUAGUUUCUACCACAUGAAACUGUUGAUUAAUGUAAACCAUCUUCAAUAUUUGUAUCUAAUUUUUAAAUCAAUUUACCAAUUAUCAACGGCUGAAAAGAACAUGCACAUUCCAUAAGCUUCCAUAGGUGCGGAACCGCCCAAACGGGCGCCCAGUAAUAUGCAAUUUACACCUUCGGUAGGUCACCCAGCAACUCUCUCCCUAACUACUUUCCAUUCUGCAUUCAAAUUUUACGUCGAAGGAAAAAAUUUUACUCCCCCCUUGUUACUUUUCCGUCAGCUGCUAAGACAUCAGGUUAGGCCUAAUGAUUCUACCUUCUCCUUACUCAUCAAAGCCUUCGUUGUAUCGUCUUCAUCGUUCUGUUCUGAGAAUGAAAAAGCAGAGGCGAAUCAGCUCCAAACCCACUUCAUUAAAUGGGGAUUUGACCAAUUUUUGUAUGUUAGUACUGCAUUUCUCGAUUUGUACUCAAGAUUGGGUUUUGUUAAAGCUGCUCGACGUUUGUUUGAUGAUUUUCCUGAAAAAGACGUUGUAUCGUGGAAUGCGUUGAUUUCUGGGUACACACGAUGUGGAUAUAGCCAUGACGCGUUUAAGCUAUUUGUGGAAAUGCGCAGAAGGGGGUUCGACCCUUGUCAGAGAACGUUGGUAAGUUUAAUGCCUUCCUGUGGUACCCAAGAAUUAUUCGUCCAAGGAAAAUCCAUCCAUGGAUUAGGUGUUAAGGCUGGCCUUGAUUUGGAUUCCCAAGUGAAAAAUACUCUUGUAUCGAUGUAUGGUAAAUGUGCUGAUUUAGAAGGGGUGAAACUCUUAUUUGGAGAGAUUGGUGAAAAGAACGUAGUUUCUUGGAAUACCAUGAUAGGGGCAUUCGGCCAAAAUGGAUUCUUUUUGGAGGCAAUGCUUGUUUUCAAGCAAAUGCUUGAAGAAAGUGUCAGUGCUAACUCGGUGACUAUGGUGAGUAUCUUGUCUGCAAAUGCAAAUGCAGGAUGUAUUCAUUGUUAUGCUACCAAAAUUGGUCUUGUGGAAAAUGUUUCCGUGGUUACCUCUCUAGUUUGCUCCUACGUAAAAUGUGGAUAUAUAGAAAUAGCCGAACUGAUUUAUAUGUCAAAACUCCAGAAAAACUUGGUUGCAUUAACUGCGAUUAUUUCUCGCUAUGCUGAGAAAGGUGACAUGGGAUCUGUGGUAAGGCUAUAUUCCCUUGUACAGCAUUUAGAUAUGAAAUUAGAUGCUGUUGCAAUGGUUGGCAUCAUCCAAGGUUUUACAUAUCCUGAUCACACUGGCAUUGGACUUGCUUUCCACGGUUAUGGUGUAAAGAGUGGGCUAAUUAUUGAUUGUUUGGUUGCUAAUGGCUUUAUAAGCAUGUAUUCAAAGUUCGAUAAUAUUGAUGCAGUGUUUUCUUUAUUUCAAGAGAUGCACAAAAAGACACUGAGCAGCUGGAACUCUGUGAUAUCUAGCUGUGCACAGGCAGGAAGGUCAAUUGAUGCCAUGGCUUUGUUUUCCCAAAUGACAUUGUCAGGUUAUGGGCCAGAUUCAAUUACACUAGCGAGUUUACUAUCUGCUUGUUGCCAAAAUGGGAAUUUGCAUUUUGGGGAGAUACUUCAUUGCUAUAUUCUAAGAAACAGUGUGGACUUGGAGGGUUUUGUUGGGACUGCUCUUGUAGACAUGUACGUCAAAUGUGGAAGAAUAGACUUUGCUGAAAAUGUGUUUAAGAGCAUGAAAGAGCCAUGUUUAGCUUCAUGGAACUCGCUGAUCUCUGGUUAUGGUUUAUUUGGGUUUCACAAUCGUGCUCUCCUCUGUUACACCAAAAUGAUGGAGAAGGGGAUAAAGCCCAAUAAAAUCACUUUCUCAGGAAUUUUAGCUGCUUGUACUCAUGGAGGACUUGUUGAAGAAGGUAGAAAAUACUUCAAAACCAUGAAGAAAGAAUUUGGUAUCGUGCCCGAAUCACAGCAUUGUGCAUCCAUGGUUGGCCUGCUUGGUCGGGCAGGAUUAUUUGAAGAGGCAAUUGUAUUUAUCAAGAACAUGGAAACCAAUCCAGAUUCUGCUGUGUGGGGAGCAUUGCUAAGUGCUUGUUGCAUUCACCAGGAAAUUAAGCUUGGUGAAUCUGUGGCCAAAAAGUUGUUUUUCUCUAACUGUAGAAAUGGGGGUUUUUUUGUGUUGAUGUCUAAUCUUUAUGCAGCAUCAGGAAGGUGGAAUGAUGUAGCAAAAAUCAGAAAGAUGAUGCGAGAAAUGGGAGAAGAUGGUUGUUCAGGCGUUAGCCUUAUGGAAGCGAAUCAUACUAGUGAGAAUUUCAUUUGAUUGGACAGUCUUCGCAGUGGCAGCUGCAUUUCAUUUUAAGCCCUCAUUCUGAUCAUACUAGGACUAGUGUAGUGGACAUUAGACGAGUGUAGUCCAAGUGAUUUAAUUAUUUAGCUUCUAUCCACACAAAAUUAUUCAUUGUCUAAUCAUAGUAAAAAGUUAUCUAUUAAAGAAUAUAUAUUUACAGUGAAACAAAAAUAAGUAUGAUAGAAUUUUACUUAUGAAUAAGACGUAAACCCUAUCUCAAGUUCAUGCACUGGAAUGAGAUUGUUUCUUAUUUUAAA